GUGAUUUGAGGAUUCAAGAGCACAAAUGACCUAGAGCUACAUGACAUACAGACAAAGAAAGAGAAAGACUCCAAAACAGGAAGUUAAAGAACCUAGAUGAACGACCAAAUCACAUUCUUGAGUUCAAAAUUGCACUUUAGCAUCUCGCUUUUGUCUUGAUUUGUUUUGCUAGCCUUUAGAAUCAUUCUCAAUCAAAGGCCAAUAAAGGGGCCACAAACGUGGAGGGUCAUCUGUAGAAGUACGGGAUUGGCGAGUGAAGGACGACCGACUACCAUGCGAGAGGAACAGUCUUGUGGCGACUUUCCUGAGGGCGGAGUCCUACCCAGUGAAGAGGAGCAAAAACGUCGCCCCAACAAGUGUCCCGUCGUUGUUGCACCACCAACGGGUGCUCGAAAGCGGGUAACAGGUCCCAAAAAGGAGCCUGGAGGACCACUACCAUAUGAGGACAAAUCUUCUCCUGAGGGCCCAUCUACACUCGCUCCCUCUGGCCCCAAGCGACCCAAAAAAGGCUCACCAUCUUCUUCAUCAACGACUUCCUCCUCCCUAGUGCCCACUGCGAGUGCAGUGUCACCUUUGCCUGGUCAACCUUUCGAAGACCUGCAUACGCAACGAGUAAUUGCAAACGUCCGAGAACGCCAGCGCACACAGUCCCUAAACGACGCCUUUGCCUCGCUGCGGAAAAUCAUUCCCACAUUGCCCUCGGACAAACUAAGCAAGAUCCAGAUCCUCAAACUGGCUUCACGAUACAUCGAUUUCCUUUACCAAGUGCUUCAAAGCGAUGAGAUGGACGCCAAGCUGGCCAGCUGCAACUACUUGGCCCAUGAGAGGCUGAGCUACGCCUUCUCCGUAUGGAGGAUGGAAGGCGCAUGGUCCAUGUCCGCAACCCACUAGACAUCUAACGUUCCUGACCCUAGACCUACCGACCCUCCAACCAGCCUCUGAACUCUGAACCUGCAUUCUUACAGAGAGAAACUGACUCUGAUCAUUAAGUCUAACGCUGCCUGUCCACUAGCCACGGCCUCAUUUCACCAGCCAUUUGACCCUUGCUGCCACAACCUGACCCUGCUUAAAGCUGACCUCUGAUCUUCCAACACUGAUCUUUUCUCUUUUUCUCAGCACAACCUUCUACAGUAUCCCCACUAUCCCAGAGGACAUCACGCUUUAACUACGAGCCAAACAUCUUUUCCUUCUAAUGGAACAAUACAACAAAAUGCAAAAAAAAAGAAAUAUUUCACCCUCUAGAGGACCAAACAUCAGCGGUUGGUCUGGUGACCAAAACAACAAAUCUAGACUAAGACAAUUCCAAAUCACUCUGAAUCAGACUCUGGAAAUCACUCUGAUUCAGUGGCAGAGUGCUGAUUUGAGAUCAGUCUUCAAUGUCUUUAAAGGACUUUUGAUAUGGACUCACAAAGGCAGAUAUUUGCAGUCUAUCGGAGUGUUAUGAGGACUCUGCAUUUAGAGGUUCAACUAUAGCUAAACCUGAGCUUGAUGAAUAAAUGCUACUCUAUUCAACUAUAUUUCUGUUAUAAAGAGUUGACCUUUACAGAAUUGUUUCUCUUGCCAUUUAUGCUGUAUAUGUGCUGACAUUACUGCUUCUGUGACUGCAACAAUUUCAUCAUGGCAUGCAUCAUCUUUUGUUGAAAUAUUGACCCAUUUUUAAAGAACAAAGCUGUAAGAAAUAUUAUAAAAUAUGAUAAUGUGUGAAACCCUUGCAAAAGGUUAAUUGAACCCUUGCAAAGGGUAGUUGACAUAAUUUUUGCAACUGUGGCAUGCUGCAGUAUACUCUGUGUAAAUGAAUUUGAAAUAGCAUUUUUUCUAAUUAUUUUAUAACUACUGAUUAAGAGACUAUAUGGAAUAUUUGUACUUUUAAAAAAGAAUUGUCACACUGCAUGACCAUUUAAAUGAACCAGUGAAGGCAAAAAAUUGGAUUAAAAAAGUUGAUCCGUUACUGGAUAUACAAGUAUGAUGUAUAAGAUAUACAAUUUCCAGUCUACAUUUAUAUACAUUUUUUUUUUACUAAACUCUUGAUAUUGAAAUGUUACAGAUUCAAGUCAGAUAAGCAUUUAAGGACACAUCAGGUUAGUUGGAGUUUUCUGACAGCAUGGUCAAAAAAGCUACAAUUAUUUUGAAGAAUAAUUAAACACAAUCACAAUUUCAGGGGAAAUACAAUAACUCAAAAAGAUUUUAAGAUACAUCAGGCUGUUCACAAGGUGUUCAUAUUGUUCUGUAAGCACUGUUUAUAGAUCGUAUGAGGAUCCAUAUACCGCUAAUUACUUCAUUAAAAUAACAUGUUUUGCAGCACAACUUUGGCACAUAAACUUGAUUUCUUUGCUUUUAUCCUUCAUAGAGGCUUCAGAAAAUUUAUGUGUGUCUGGUUGGCAAGAAAUAAGAAGGACUGCUUCACCACAGAAGUGCCUUGUUCAGUAAGUGCAAUAAGGCAAUUAGAAGAUGAAGCUAAGUGGGCCAAAUUCAAACAUGCUGCCAUAGUGUCCCAAACUAAAGCAGUUUCUUAUGACAUUGGUGGCUUCUAUCAAGUUGCAACUAUUUUAAUGCAGUAACUAAGGUAUUGGUGGAAACAGUGCUUCCCAUAGUAUUUAGCAAUUUUAUUUUUUGUAAUUUUUUAUGUCUAUUUCUUUAUUCAUGGCAGUGGUGGCUAAUACUAAAUUACCAUAGUUUUACAAUGGUAACCAUAACUGUAUAAAUAUAGUUUGUAUAAUUAUGACUAUGGUAUUUUGAUUGAAACUGUGGUUACCUUGGUGCAUUUUUGAAAUGGCAAUGUCAUGUUAAAAAAAUUAAAAGCAAAUUCUGUAGACUUCUCUGUUUUUUAGGACAAAUAAUGGAAAACAAAUGGAUGAGUAUGUACUUAUGUGAUUUGAUGUUUGUCAGUUUUUUGCCACCAAAAUACACGCAUAAACAAAUUAUGACAAAAGACACAAAAUGUAGACAACCAAAAAAAAAAAAUGCUUUUCAUUUUAAUUAGAAAGAUAGAAACAGUACAAAUUAGGCCUUCUUUUCUAUACACAGAGAAAUAAAGAAAUCAGAAAUAAGGGAAUCAUUAAGUACAUGAAGAUUCGAAAACCAUUUCUAUUAUUCUUUGAUAAACAGAAUCCAGUUAGUGGGGUCGACAGAUGAAGUAUUUCAAGGCACAUAGGUGAAGUCUUUUGGUCGUAAGUAACUAUUUACAUUUUCAAUAUAAAAUAGGCAAAGUUUGAAGGGGAAUAAAUGACAAAGGCUUUAAGACGUUGCUGGUACAAUGACCAUGCCAUAAACACACCUUUACUAGAGUGCUGACAAACAACAGCACACACUCGAGAGACGACAGAAUAUAAGCAUUUUGAGAGGUAUAUCAAAACAGUACAAAUGCACAAAGCUAUUGUAAAAAUACACCAUUAAAAUAUCACUGUAUAUAAGACACAUAUCAGUGUUUGAAUCUGAAACGGAAUGUAAAGGUCUGUCCAGUCCAAACUGCCAGACGAAACUGUCCCAAAGUGCUGUCAAAUUCUGUUGGUAACCGUGUCGAUAUUUGUUUAUUUUGAAAGUUGAAAGUGAACAUGUUUUGUUGAUGGUGCAGAGCAAGUGCACUGUUUGAAUUACUAUAAAUACACGGCAAGAUCGCCGCUCGUUCAAAGAGAUUAGCUAUGACUUCAUUAAUGAGCGAAUGUUCGCAUCUGUUCUAUUUUACAACAGUCUUCAUGGGGGUCUGGUGGGCAAAGACUACCCAGGGUCUUCAUGCAAACCUCACCCAUAAGAACACAAAACACUGACAAUGACGAUAAAUGGGAUGGUGGUACUAUAUACACAAAUCCUACAAAUGUAUAACUACCAAACCACAGUGGCUUGGUACAAGGCAAUAAAGGGUAGAAGUAAAGACUUAUUGGUUUGUAAGGGCAGAAAUGUUCGGGAAAUUCAGCUUUAGGCCAGAAACAUACUCUAUGCAAGUACGUGAAUUCCAACGCAUUGUUGAAUUACGAAAUGUGUCAAAACGCAAUUCAUAAUGCAACACAAGUAUGUUGCAUUCUCAGUAUUGCUACAAGUGGCGCUAUAGCUGGCAUGCAUGUAUGAAUAAUAGUAUCUCAGGUUUUAUAGCAUAGAUAUUUGAUGUUAACUAUAUCGCCGCCCUUGAGUACUGAGGUUGGUCAACAUUGUCUCAUGACAACUCGUAAUUGUAAGAUAUCGUACAACUUGGCUCGUACGAAAAGGUGCAACUUAAUGAUCAACAAUUUCUAGAUGCUUUCCUUGUCUUGUUCCGAACUAUAUUUUCUUUCUUCUGCAGAACACACAUGUUAUUUUCCUAUUAAAAUCAUGGUUUGGGUAAGGGUUACACUUUAUGGCUAGGUUUAGGUUUAAACAUUUGUAAGAAAGCUUGUUCAAAACCCCAAUGAUUCUCAUUCUUCCACGGUACAAAAGGGUUUGGGUAAGGGCUUAGUCUUCAUGGUUAGGUUCAGGUCUGAUUUAGAGUUUUAACUUAGAAAAAAUUGCGAUAAAACUGUUCAUGGUUUUGUUAAUUUUUCUCUGUGGGAGUAAAAGUCAUACAUUUUUGUUAUAGGCAACUCGAUUUCCUAUGAUUUUGCCAUCUCGACAUUUAUUCCGACUUCUCAUGAGAUCAGGUUGGGUUGGUUACCACCACAGUACUGCAAGAAUACACAUUAAAUAUGUCAAGCAAUCGUGUUUGCUUUUGCAUAGAGUUUGUUUCUGGCAUUAGGGAAAAGGCAAAAUGCAAACCUAGCAACCUGUAUAUCCGAGAAGGAAGGCCUCUAUAUUCAAGAUUGGAAAUAACAGCAAAUAUUCAGCUCACGAUUGUUUCUUGUAGUGGAUACAAGAUAACAUUAUUAGCAACCCCUGGUGUAUUUGGUUGUUAAAACAGAGGUAUAGGGUUGUACAGAGUAACACCAACUCAAAAAGUUUGGUCACCGAUAAGUCUCGCGGAAUAAUGGGAACAAGUCUGCACAACGAUAAUAAAGCCAAAACAGAAUCUGCGUCUGCUAAACUCUGCAGAACUGGAACAAAUGUCAUUCACAACCUUUUUCACAUUCCAAGCCCUUGCGUAUUUGUUUAGUAAGUAUAUUUGGCUGAUGUGAUUUCCACUCCAUUUUGACAUAUUUUACCAUGUUUAGAAUGGUACAGAUUCCCUCCAAAAACGUGAUAAAACAAAACAAAAAAAAAAACAAAGUCUCGGCCUGAUGAUAACUGACUUUCUAGCCACAUUCACACAAAUCCAUUUUCAUUUGAAUACAUUUUUGAUUGACGUUUUAAAUUUAUGAAGUUAUUGCUUUCCAAAGUAAUGGAGAUCAUUUUCAAUGGAGGAAAACCCUGUUCCAGUGUGGAGAAGAGGCGUAAACAAAGCGUUUUCAAUCAAAAACAUUAGUGUGGACGUGGCCUGACAAUCGAUUCCGUCUGGAAGUUCGUCAACCACAAAGCACAACGCAAAAGUCAAGCGAGCACCAGGAACUGUGCUGUUGGUCCAACGUAACCUCACUGACAAUCGACAAGCCACACAGCCUGAGCUUUGAGAUACUGUUACAGCAUGUGGGAUCGCAACAAACAGCGCAUUACAAAUUUAUUUUCAAUGAUUUGGCCUGUCAGAAUUACGCAACUAGAACAUAGCUGACAAAUGUGUGGCCAAACAUUUGUUUAAAAACACUAGACAACCGUUACAAGUGAUAUGGUUUUUGAAACCGAAUAUGCUGAUGUUGAAAGGAGUUGAGGCGAAGUAUUUGUUGAAUAGUGACCUGCUUUAAAGAGGUCCGUCUGCUUUGGUUAACCGUUGGUGUGGUAUUAAUUUCUGUUCAUUGAUGACGACAUAAAUGUGAAUCCCAGCGGCUGAGAGACAUAUUUAACAUGACUAUAAACUUUAUCCACACAACUGGUGUGAAUUAGUGAUCUAUGUGCAGACUGUGGAAAACAGAACACCAUCCAAAAACAAUGCAUCCCUCGUAAAAAAAAAACACAAAAAAAACCCUUCAGCAAUUUCUAAGAGCACAGCAAUGAAAAGAAAUCAUUAAACGUGCACCAACUUGAGACAUGUCUUCUCCACAGGUUAAAAAGCUGGCGAUUUCCCUUCUAAACAACAACCAAAAUUAUUUUAGAAAAUAUGUUUAUCCCUUUAAAUAUAAAGGAAUUUAUCCAUUAAGCACAAUUCUGAGCACUGCUUUGUGCCAUUUAAGUGGCUUUGACCAUUUUGUGAUUUUGUUGUGGUCAAUUAAGAUUUGAUUGUGAAUAAAGAACGGAAAUAUGUUAUAAUUGAUAGAUACACACAUAAUAAACCAUUACUGAAAUGAGACUAUUUGGCACUAUUGCUAGUCUAGGGAAAGUGUCAGCAUUUUCUGUGUCCAUAAUAACAAUAAAUGUACAGGGGUCAUAAGGAUGUAGCGAUGUGUGUAAAUCAUCUAUAAGGAUCACAUAUACAAACAUAACUACAUGGUGAUGUAUGUGUUUUGGGGUGAAUGUGUGCAAUAAUCUUGCUGAUAGCUGGUUUGUCCCUCUGGGCUUAAACAAACACGUGGUGUAACACAAAAUCAAAUACACAAAAUCAGUACAAAUACGAAUAUCUCGAAGUAUUCAAGUUUACGGCCUUCAUGCUAGGAAUGCAGGUAGAAUGCAACUGAAACUUGAAAAAAAAAAAAAAAAAAAAAAAAGAA